GGUUUGUUUACGUCGAGUCAUCUGGUCGAGCUGUCACCGUGCCUUUCCCGAGCAUAAAUAGAGCGAUUUAUCUAUAUUUUACGGUAUUUUACGGGCUUUUUUAUAACUUCGAGGAAACGGUUGCCAAAAUGUCAGGUGAUAUAAGCCUUGGGUGCUCUGCCCUGACAAAGAUGUUACUCCACGCUGCCCGUUACCCACAUUCUGCCGUCAGUGGAGUGGUACUUGCACAGGGAAAGGGAGGAGAUUCCAGCAACAUGGUCUUGGUCGAUGCUGUUCCUCUGUUCCACCUUCAGCUUGGUCUUGCUCCCAUGCUUGAAGUUGCUCUAACUAGGAUCGAGCAGCAUUACAGAUCGAAAGGACUGGUGAUUGCGGGCUACUACCAGGCCAACGAGCACAUUAGGGACAACGUGCCUGAUUUUGUAGCCCUGAAGGUAGCAGAGAAGAUAGCUGAGAAUAAUAACGAUGCCUGUCUAAUAAUGAUUGACAACAAGAAACUGUGCCUGAACCUUCAAACUGCUCCCAUCAUUGUCUCACAGUUAACAUCAGAUGGAAAGUGGAAAAGUAAAGAUAAACCUAGCAUUCACAUAGAGGCUGGGGCUUUGGAUGUCAUAUCUCAGUUGCUUCAGCGGAAGGUCCAACACGACGUCAAUGAUUUCGAUAACCACCUGGACGACCUGACCUGCGACUGGGACAACCCUCAGAUUAAUAAGCUUUUAGAUACCCUUACGGCGGCUGCGCAGGACAAGUGCUAAUGGAAUAGUUAUCUCUUUUUCAAGAUCAAAGUCAUGAACUCUGACGCAUCUUGUGCAUGUGCGUGUAUGUUGUCUUAAAGAGUCCUGGAAUGAUUUAGUAGCAAGAGUUAGUAGGGAUGAAAUUUUCUUUUUUUCGUUGAGGUCAUUCCAUCAUUAAUGAGUCGUAUACCAUUUUGUUCUGUUUUAGUCAGCACUCCCCUCCCUCCCAUUAAGUAGUAGUGACUUUGGGUAAUAGUAUUUUGUAACACUUGUGUCAUUUUCAUUGAAUAGUAGUCAUAGAUUUUUUUUAUGAAAAUGAAAAAGAAGUAAUGCUACAGUAGUAAAUCAUUGCCAGACACUGCUGUUGGAAAAAAAUGUAAUUAUGCUAAAGAACCCUUUGUAUACAGAAAUACUUACACUUACAUUUCAUUUUAGAUGUAUAGUUGUAAAUAUAUUGUUCCAUGCAUUUCAUAUAAUACUAUCUAGGGCUUAUGAAAUUUUACAGUAAUGACUUUUAAUGGAACUGUAUAUUUAUUAUAAUAGAUUGAAAAAAAAUACAUGAAUCUAAAGAUGAAAAAUUA